CGCACGCCACGUUCCGUGGGCGGCGCCCACCGCACCACCGGCUUUCCCGACGACGACCCCUAUUCCGAUCCCAUCGCGAUUCCAAUUCAAUUCAGCGCGAAGCCACCUUAUCUGUGCCUGCGCGUGUCCAGUCACCAGGCUCCGCUGCUUGCCACCGCUCGCGCGCCGCGCCCUCCCGUCCGCCCGCGCCAUGGCCGCGACCGCGUCCACCGCGGCCACGCUGCUGCCGCGGCCCGUUGCCGGCUCGCCGCGCCCCGGCUCCGCGGCGUCGGCCCCAACCACGCCUCGCAGGAGGCGUCUCCUCGCGCUCAGGUGCCAGUCCACCAGCGUCGACAAGGAGCAGCAGCAGCCGCCCAAGCCGAAGCAGCGGAACCUGCUCGACAACGCCAGUAACCUGCUAACCAACUUCCUCAGCGGGGACAGCGUCGGGACCAUGCCUGUCGCCGAGGGAGCCGUCACCGACCUCUUCGGCAAGCCCCUCUUCUUCUCGCUGUACUAUUGGUUCCUCGAGCAUGGCUCUGUCUACAAGCUUGCUUUUGGACCCAAAUCAUUCGUAGUUGUCUCUGACCCUAUCGUCGCUAGACACAUCCUCCGGGAGAAUGCUUUCUGUUACGAUAAGGGAGUUCUCGCUGAAAUUUUAAAACCAAUAAUGGGGAAGGGUCUUAUACCUGCCGACCUUGAUACCUGGAAGCAGAGGAGAAAAGUUAUAACACCUGGGUUCCAUGCCUUAUUCAUUGAAGCUAUGGUGAGAAUAUUUACUAAAUGUUCAGAAAGAACAAUAUCCAAGCUUGAACAGCUUACUGCAAGUGAAGGCCAAGUCGUAAUGGACCUUGAAGCUGAGUUCUCCAAUUUGGCACUCGAUAUAAUUGGCUUGGGUGUGUUCAAUUUUGAUUUUGACUCAGUUACUAAGGAAUCCCCUGUAAUCAAGGCAGUGUAUGGGACACUUUUCGAAGCGGAGCACCGAUCCACAUUUUACAUUCCCUAUUGGAAUCUUCCUUUUACAAAAUGGAUAGUUCCAAGGCAGCGCAAGUUCCAUAGUGACCUCAAGGUCAUCAACGAUUGCCUUGAUUAUCUUAUAAAAAAUGCAAAGGAGACGAGGCAGGAAGCUGAUGUGGAAAAGCUCCAGCAAAGGGACUACACAUCUCUGAAGGAUGUCAGCUUGCUGAGGUUCCUUGUUGACAUGCGGGGAGCUGAUGUUGAUGAUCGCCAGCUUCGGGAUGAUCUUAUGACGAUGCUUAUUGCUGGACAUGAAACAACUGCUGCUGUUCUGACAUGGUCUGUUUUUCUGCUAGCCCAGAGCCCUACCAAGAUGAGAAAAGCACAGGCAGAGGUUGAUUCUGUUCUCAGCAAUGGGGCAAUUACUGUGGAAUCCCUCAAGAAAUUAGAGUACAUAAAAUUGAUCAUUCUUGAGGCUCUUCGCUUGUAUCCUCAGCCACCAUUGUUAAUCAGGCGUUCUCUCCAGCCAGACAAGUUGCCAGGUGGGUACAAUGGAGCAAAAGAGGGAUAUGAAAUACCAACCGGAACUGAUAUAUUUGUUUCGGCAUACAACCUCCACCGGUCCCCAUACUUUUGGGACCGGCCAAAUGAAUUUGAACCUGAGAGAUUUUCAGUUCCAAAGAAGGAAGAGAGCAUAGAAGGCUGGUCUGGUUUUGAUCCUGGCAGGAGUCCCGGCGCAAUGUACCCCAAUGAGAUCAUAGCGGACUUUGCUUUCCUUCCCUUUGGCGGAGGACCCCGCAAGUGCGUGGGAGACCAAUUCGCGCUCCUGGAGUCGACGGUGGCACUGUCCCUGCUGCUGCAGAAGUUUGAUGUGGAGCUGAGGGGGUCACCCGAUGAAGUGGAAAUGGUGACGGGCGCCACCAUCCACACAAAGAACGGGCUGUGGUGCAGACUGAGGCGUAGGACCUGAUCAAACAUAGCUUUUACACCGAGAAGUAGCUCUCUUCUUGACUUCUUUGAUAUGCUUUAGCCAAGCUACACAGCCUCAUGAAUCCUUAUUAAAAAAAAACAGCCUCAUGAACAGCGAAUGAGAAUGAGAAUCAUGUACAUGGAGACAUCUCUUGUAGCGCAAUAGUGACAAUCACACAACCAUUUUGACCAUUUCUGUGCA